AUGCGAAGCGCCAAGGAAAGCAAGGAGAAGCUGCUGGACGUGAUCCUCAAAGGCGACGAGCAGAGUCCCAGCUAUCUUCAGGACAUCACCUCCGCCAUCCAAGAGCUCUCAGCGUCCAAGUGCAAGUUUGACAGCCAGACGGCCGACGGGGAGUGGCAGCUUGUCUUCCAGCAGGACUCCAGCGACUCUCCAGCUCUGCAGAAGUUCACGAGAGCAACGGAGGACUCCGGCAAGACUUUUGCUAACUUUGACGUGAAGGAGGGUGUUUUCUACAACAAGGCGUCUGUGCUGUCUGGUGUAGCAGAUCUGCAGGCGACAGUGAAGUUCGAUACAGUCCCCGGCAAGGAGGAGAGAAUCUCUUGCGACAUCACGGAUGCUCGGGUGACGAUAGCAAACUUUCUCACCAUUCCUCUUCCUCUCCGUGUCAAGGGCGGCUGGCUGGACUUCCUCUACCUUGACAAGGACUUGCGGGUGACGCGAGGAAACCGAGGAGGAAUCUUUGUGCACGUGCGGCCGAUCAUCCCGGCUAUGGCGAUUGUCUUCCUUCAGCAGCUGCUUGCGGAUUCCUCCCGCUUGACGUAA